AGACAAAAAGAACUAUAGAGAGCCAUGAAUCCUCCCAACCAAGCCACUAGAGGUAGCAUGACUAUCUCAGUGGCAGAAAAAGAUACCUCUUGUUGCAUCAUACAAAUUGAGAAACCCGUGAAACAUCUCAAGGAAUCAGCGGGUGGUCAAUCUUGUUGCAUCUUCAGAAUCCCUCACACUCUCGUUGAGGCCAAUGAAACAGCUUACAAACCGAAGAUUUUGUCUAUAGGCCCAUACCACCAUUUGGAUGGUAAAGAUGGUGGAAAUCAUCUUCAGAUGAUCCAGGAGCACAAACAACGAUAUCUUAAUAUUUUUUUAUCCAAGACAAAACAAAAAGAAGUGUAUUUGACCCACUUGCGCGAAGUGGUCCUGGGGCUAGAAGACAAGAUCAGAGGUUCCUACUCUGAGGAACUGAAUUUUAGUUCAGAAGAGUUGGUCGAUAUGAUGGUUCUUGACGGUUGUUUCAUCCUCACGUUGUUCCUGGUGAUUUCAAACAAGAGUUGGCGUGAGGAUUACCCUGAUGACCCGAUUUUCAUGUUCCGGUGGAUUCUACCAACUCUUCGAAGUGAUCUCCUCCUCCUUGAAAACCAGGUCCCCCUAUUCCUUCUUCAAGCUCUCUUUUCGACAUCAAACUUGUUUCCUUCCACUUCCACUACUAGCUUAAACACUAUCAUCUUUAGAUUCUUUGGUUAUCGAAUAAUAAGGUCAAACCAGUUUUGGAGGGACAGAAAGGAUCUUGAUGCAAAGCAUCUUCUAGAUCUCAUUCGUAAAACUUUCAUACCCAAGAAAUCUCAAGAACCGAAACAAAGCUGGACCAAUAUAUUUAACGUUUUUACAUUCCUCAAUAUAAUAAGUCAUUCCAAAACUAAAGUUCAAAAAGAGACAAAACCAACAACAAGACCAACAGAAACACUACCACCACCACCACAACCACCAACACCCCCACCAACACUAGCAAAACCACCACCAAAACUAAAUCGACCAAAGCCUCGCCCUUUUCUCAAGCUGGUUGUCUCAGCAAAAAAACUUCGACUCCGAGGAAUAAAAUUCAUGCCAAAGGAGAGUGAGACACCGCUUGACAUAACUCUCGACGAGAGUGGUGUACUUGAAAUACCGCUACUAACAUUUGAUGACUUUUUCAGCUCUCUUUUAAUCAACUGCGUGGCCUUUGAGCAGUUCAAUUUAUAUUGCACAACCGAAAUGACAAGCUAUGUUACUUUCAUGGGCUGUCUCAUAAACACUGCUGAAGAUGCAACGUUCUUAAGCGAGAAAGGGAUAAUAGAGAACUAUUUUGGAACUGGAGAAGAAGUAUCUUUGUUCUUCAAGAACACAGGCAAAGACAUUGCGUUUUCCAUAUCCAGUAGUUACUUGUCAGAUGUGUUUGAGGGAAUCAACGACUAUACUGCACGAGGUUACCAUGUACAUUGGGCAGGAAUCAAGUACACAUAUUUCAAAAGUCCGUGGACAUUUCUAUCAUCUCUUGCUGCUUUGGUACUUCUUCUGCUUACCAUUUUCCAAGCUUUCUUCGCAGCCUACCCGUAUUUUCAUCCUCGGUAGUGAUUACACCUAUGGCUCUGGCUCUCACCAAAUGUUGCACCUUUGGCUUCGUCUUCUACGUGAAGCGUUCAUCUUACCUUUUCUGUUAUAAAUUAUGACCAAUUGUAUUCGACUUCAGUACGUUUGCAAUUUCAUUUCUUUGUAUUUUGUUGAAAAGGAAUCAGGAAAAAUAAAAUGUUUUUUUCCGGAAAUAAACUAUGAUAGGAAAAAUACACGUUUUCAAUUCAUUAUAGGAAAUUAAAUAAUGAGAAGAG